CCUCUUCUACCUUUUUUAUUUUCCUCCCACGCUUCUCUCAUUUUCACUUUUUUUGCAUUUCGUUUCAAUUCGUUUCAUUUAAAAUAAAUUUCUGCAUUUUGUUUUUUUAUUAUUUUUACACAAUUUCUGCAGUCUGUUUUCGCAUGCCUUCUAUUCCUCCCGCCGGUCGACAAGCACCGCACAUAACGAAGAGCAGGGUCACUACAGCCACAGCCACAGCUGCCAUCACAGCCACAGCCGCCGCAGCAAUAGUUAUCAGCGACUGGACGCCUGUGCUCGGUCUAAUAUUCGGUGGGUGCUGCUCGAACGUCUUUGCGCUCGAGAGCCUCGUGCGCGAAGUUCCCAAAUGCGGCAACCUUAUAACCUUUGCACAAUUCAUCUUUAUAACCCUUAUAGGGCUGCCGCACCACCUCCACACAGCGCCGGGUGCGCUCGGAUGGAUCCCGCGACUGAGACCACGCCAGGUGCCCUUGCGUCGAUGGCUUUUCAUGGUUGGAUUGUAUUUCUGCGUCUCUCUGUUGAAUAACAUUGCCCUUGGGUACAAAAUAUCUAUCCCGCUGCAUAUUGUGUUUCGGUCCACUGGGCUGAUUGCCAAUAUGGUUUGCGGAUAUUUGGUUAUGCACAAGCAUUAUCCUGUCAAGCAAGUCGUUGCCGUGAUUUUGGUUACUGUGGGUGUGGUCAUUGCCACUUUGACCAGUAUAAGCGGCGACAAGGUGGAGGAGGGCGGCGGAUCAAUGUUUGCUGUGCACGACUCUGUCGUUGGAAUCUUGUUAUUGACCAUGGGCGUCUUCCUGGCCGCUAUUCUGGGGCUGUAUCAGGAGACAACGUACAAAAAGUACGGAAAGCACUGGAAGGAGGGCCUCUUCUACAACCACCUUUUGGCACUGCCCAUGUUCCUGCCAUUCUACCGCGACAUUCUAAACCAAGCCCGUGCACUCUCGCUCUCGCCCCCGAUCGUUGUGUCCUUGGAUCAAACAAUGCCCCUUUUUGGCAAGUACCUGGCAACACGCAUCCACCUGUUUUCUGUUCCUCGGCUGUGGCUCUCGCUAAUCGGAAAUGUCUUGUCGCAGCUGGUCUGCGUCUCAGGAGUGCACCGCUUCACAUCAAUGUCCACCUCGCUCACCCUCAACGUUGUGCUCAAUCUGCGCAAGCUAGUCAGCCUUGUGCUGUCCGUGCUGCUGUUUAAAAACAAGGUCACUUUGGGGAUGAUAUUUGGGUGCACGCUGGUGUUUGCAGGCACAUUUGCUUACUCACAGAUCGCUGGCAGCACCAAGCAGGCGAUAGAGGCGAAGAGCGAUAAGGAGGAGUCCAAGGUUGACGAAGGCGUAGCUUCUUUCGAUGUGUUAAAAUCGGACGCAUUAGGUGUGAGCUCGGCGCACCUAUCGGAAGCAAUGAAGAAACGGCGACCGGCGCAGUUUACCAAAUAAGGAGAUUUCGGAAUUGCUGGACGACCCAUCGUAUAUUAUUGCUUUAUUUGACGGUGCACGUGAUAUGCUCCCACACAAUUUGCAUUGCCGAUUUCGGCUAUAUUGAUUUUUUUUGCCGGGAACGGAAAAAAUGCGCGGGCCAAUUAUGCAUUUUCUUUUUUCU